AUGGCGGCGUCCGCUCCUCCGAACUGGUCCAGCCUCCUGCCGGAUCUACUGGGCCAGGUGAUCGCCCGCCUCCCGCACAUCGCCGACCGCGCCCGCUUCCGCGCCGUCUGCCGCUCGUGGCAUUCGGCCGUGCGCCUGCACGUCUCCCCUCAGCGGCGCCUCCCGUCGGUCGUCCUUCUCGACGGCACCUUCCUGACGCUCUCAGACGGCGGCAUCCACCGCGCGCCCUUCGGCAAGAACACCGAGUGCGUUGGCUCAACCGGCGACUGGAUCGCCCUCGACUGUAAGGACGAGGCCACGCAGACGCACACAUAUAGGCUGCACAACCACUUUUCCGGCGCAACCGUCCCGCUCCCAGAGCUGGACUCCAUCAUCGGCUAUGUUCCGCAGGAUUUCCAGAUCCGCAAGGUGGUCAUGCGGUCGACACCCCAAGACCUUGUCGCCGUCACGUGUAAUACAUGGAAGUACCCUCUGAUUCUAUGCCGACCCGGGAAAGGAGUCUGGGUACCGAGGCUAUUAGCCAUGCCAUACUUCCGUAUCUGUGACAUUCUAUUUUCAGGAGACAAGCUCUAUGUGAUCACUAAGGCCGAGGACCUUUUUGCCCUUCACCUUGCUGAGGACGACGAUGGCAAGCCCACUGUUAAGAAUGUCAAACGAAUCAUCAGGCAUGCCCCAGGCCACGAGGACGAUAUGUAUGACGUCGGCAUGUGGAAGAGGUUGACCGACAUCGAUUCGUCAAGUGACGAGGACUCUGAGGAAGACUCGGAUGAUGAGGCAUUGUGUGAAGAGGACAAUAACGAAGUGUUAAGUCAAGAAGAUGCUCACAAUGAACUGGUCGGUGAUGAUAGUGACACUGACGAUGACAGAAAACACUUAGCUUUCAUGGAAGAGGAUACUUUUUCUGAAUGUGAAGACGGUGUGAGAGAAGGGUGGGACGCCGUCCACACCAGCCGGCACCUUGUCAGGAUACAAGGUAAACUACUCAUGAUUAAGCGAGAACGACUAAUUGCAGCCUUGACUCCAACUCACCACACUCGCAAGGUCGAAGUGUUUGAGGCGGACAUGGAUGCAUGUGCAUGGAUACCCACGAGCAGUAGGUUGGGUGACGGCCAGGCAAUAUUCAUCAGCUAUCGCUUCACCAACAUAGUUCCUGCUUGCGGAGAAGUGGAAGAGGAUGUCAUUUAUUUUCCCGACACUAAUGACGUAUUUAACAUCAAGUCCAAGACAAUUAGACUGUUAAUGCACAUGAACCCGUUACAUGACCGGUGGAGGGCGACGUGGGUUUUCCCACCUAACCUAGUUGUCUAA